AAUACUCGAGUUAUGGAGGGAGUGAAUGUGACAUAACAGCAGUCGCCAUUUUAAGUGUGCUUCUUGUCGGCUAGUUUUGUCUGGUUUCCUGCAGGAUUGUUCUCAAAACUUAUAUAACUUUGCAAAAAUGACUGCCUGGAGAGCCGCUGGACUUAACUACAUUAACUACUCCACCAUCGCUGCCCGAAUGUUGAGGGAAGCACUGAAACCUGAAUUCAGAGCUGAUGCUGCCAAGAGAGGAGCAUCUGUGAUCAAAAUAACACAAUGGGUGGAUGGCAAACCAGAGAGGGGAGAAUAAGUCAUUUAUUAGGCAUCAACAUAAAUCCUCCAACUAGCUGAUAAAAUGUAAAAAAGUCAAAUCAUGGGUAGACUAUUAUAAAAAUAAAUGUUACGAAAUUACUACUAGGUAA